ACCGUAAGUGGGAGCCUUUGCGGCACUGGCGUAAAUGAUAAUGAAAAUGAAACCAACUUGUUGAUUUUGAAUCCUUGAAAGCUGAAACCGGAUUUAGAAGUUAAAUUAGGGUAGGGACCCCGGACUCUGCUUUUCUAUAUCCACCACUGCGUUGAAGGCAAUAUAAAAUUGUUCGAUGGCCAAACACCAUAACUCAAAAUGAUAUUAAUAAAACUAAAAAAUGCAUUGAUAUAAUGGCACAAAAAUAUAAAAUCAUUUACAUAACACUACGUACAGAAAUAUAUAAUAAAUGGACUAUAAUUAAUUUAUACGUCAUACUUCAGUGCGAUGCACGAAAUAUUAAUACAUUUAUAUUAUUGAUCAUGUUGUAUGAUAAAAAACACCAAUGAAUAUAAACUGCAUGAAUAAGUGAUAUGAUAAAAAUAGAAAUAUUGACAUUUGUUGUUAUAAUAAAUAAAAUGACACUACUUUCAUCUUUUUUCAUUUGAAGUUCAUCAUAUCGUUGACGUUUAUCAGUACACGACUUUGAUCAUUAAUAUAUUUAAUUAGCUAUUAGUAAAAUAAAUUACAUAUUCAAAUUUUACUUGAGACAAAUUAUAUAAUUAUAUUUUAUUACAUCAUUUUAAUUAAUGUAUUAUUAAUAAAAUGUACUCAAAGUAUAUUAUGCCAAUUGAAGAGUAUAAUAUUAGAAUUGCUUCAAUUAUUAAAGAACGCGGGAUUACAAAAUAAGUUGCAUAUGUUUGGGUGUGAUAUACUCACUAAACGUAAGAGAAAUAUAAUUAAUAUACUACGUACUACGUAUUAUAUAACGUUUCAUGACUUAUUUGCUUGAUAUAUACUCCCUCCGGUUUUAUUUAAUCUUCACACUUUGACUUCACACAAAAUAAGGAAAGAAAUUUGACUUUACUGUCAGGUCCGGCCCAGUCCAGGUGCAACUGGAGCAGCUGCACAGGGCCUCCAACUUUGGAGGGCCCCAAAUUUUUUAACCCUAGUAGUAUACCUAGGCCCAUGAGUAAAGAGUAAAAUUAAAAAUUUUAAAAUAGACAGCCCGAUGCAACUCAUCCUAGCAUUAACCAGCCCUGCAAAGAAUCGAAGCGGCAGUUUCUAUAUUAGUCGAGUUACUGGGUCUUCGGUACUUGAAGUCUUGAACGCAUGGAGAAUCGAAGGGACAAAGCCGUGUUUCUAGGAGAAGACUGCGAUUCAAGCGGCUAUGAAAGCGUCGGAAAGGUAUGAAAUUAAAUCAAUUUAUUAUUUUUACCGUAAGGAUUUUUAUGCUAAAUAUCUUCUAUAAUCUUUUAUUCCAUAGCUAUGAAUACCUCUUGCGAAUUUGCGAUUCCCCUGAUUUCAGCUUCUCCGAUUUUCUUCAUACUUCUGAUGUUAUUCAAUCUUUCAUUCUUUCAUUGUGUCACAGUGUAAGUGUGUUAUUUCUGUCCUGUGUGGCUGCUUCCUGCGAGUGGAAUACUGGAAUCAGUGGAUACCGGACAGCCAAACUACCGUCUAGCAAAGCAAGUAAGCAACCACUCCAACCGGAUUCAUCUAGGCAGGCACUGGGUAGCAAC